AUGGCUCGUGGACUCCUGCGUAGUGGAAAAGCAUGUGACAGAGAUGUGCAGUGUGGUGUGGGUCUGUGCUGUGCUGUGAGUCUGUGGCUCAGAGGCCUGCGUAUGUGCACACCACAGGGGCUGGAAGGAGACGAAUGCCACCCUUACAGCCACAAGGUUCCUUUCCCUGGCAAGAGACAACAUCACACUUGCCCCUGCCUGCCACAUCUGGUGUGCACCAGGUACAGCAACAACAGAUAUCGCUGUACCAGCGACUUCAAAAACAUAGACUUUUAACACUGGAAAGAGCGGGAGAAAAAGAAGAAUGAAGGUGGGUAAUACUUGAAAAGGAAAGCAGGACAGCACAACUAGAUUAAUAACAAGUGCCACAGCACCUUUCUGGUCGUUUUUGUCUUUCA